UGUAUAAACGUAUUUUGUUACAGAUGGAUAGUUUCAUGCAGACGAAGGAUUGCUCCAAAAACAAAUGCACAAAUAAAUCAUGCAUAAUAUACCUUGAAGAUAAAAACUGCGAUACUCGAGAUUUGGAGUGCUCAAGCAGCACGGUUAAAAAAACAGAAAUAAAAAAUAUCGCUGAAAUACAAGAAUUAAAAGCAGAAUUGCAAAAGAUGAAAGAUACAGAGUGCGAUUUAAGGUGCGAAAAUCAGCAACUUGAAACCAAUCUACAACAUCACUUAUCAGAAACUGAUAGUUUGAUGAAGAAAAUAGAACAGAGAGAAACUGAAUAUGAGGAACUUUUAUUGAAGUUGGAAAAUGGGAAAAAAGAGAUUAAUAUGUUAAAUGAUCGAGUGAUUAAUAGUGAAGAAAUUAUUAAAAAUCAAUCUCACGAAGUUGAAAAUCUUCGGAAGAAGUUACUUAUAAAUGAUCAACAAAUGGAAAAUUUGUCAGAACAGAAUAUAUCGGAGCAUGAAAUGCUAACUGUUCUAUGUGAUAGAAUAAAUUCUCUGAAAAUUUUACUACAAGAGAAAUCGGAUAACAUGGUUAAAUUACAAGCCGAUUACGAAUUACUUAAGAAUGAAAAUUCUAUAUUAAAGAAUCAAAAUAACAUUAUACAAGCUCAAACCAAAGAAGAUAUUUUAAAGUUGCUGAAAGAAGCACGGAUAAAAUUGCGUCAGACAGAAAACAAUUGUCAUCAAAUGGUUGAAGAUCUCAAUAAAAUUCGAAAACAAUUAAUAUCUGCAACAAAACGAGAAAAUGAUUUACAAGAAUCAUUAGCGAUUAUGAAAAAAGAUUAUUGUUCUAAGAUUGAAGAAAUAGAAAAUGAAGCAGUUCGUUUUCGCGAUUUAGUGAAUAAAUUAAGUGAAGAAUUGGAAGAGACCAAAAGGAUAUUGGCAUCGAAAGAUAUUGAACUUUGUCAAGCGCAAGAUGAGUGUAAGAAUUAUGCUGAUCAUUUGAAUACCACGCGUCAAGAUCUUGAGAGAGAAAAAGAGGAAUUAACAAGGACUGAAAAUGUAAAUCGUGACUUGAUUCAACAAUUGCAGGAAUACAUGAAAGAGACUUACCAUCUUGACCGACAGAAAAUUUCACUUGAACGAGAUAAUUCUACAUACAUUACCGAGUUACAAGAUAUGUGCAAAUCUUUACACGAGUUAAAAAAGGAAUGUCACUUGAAGACCCGAUCUUUGACAUAUAUGUCAGCUGAUUUAACUGAAACAGCAAUGAGUAGAUCAAAACUUUGCAAAGAAUCUCAAUAUAUAGUUUCAUGUAUUCGUGACUGUAUGGAGCAACAGAAAAAAUACAAUGAAACUCUGUCGAAAAAUUUGAAAAAUAAGCAACAACUUAUAAUGCAGCUUGUAUUUGAGAAAAAAGCUUUAUUAAUUAAAAUCCGAAAGAUGAAACGAAUUAAUUUAUUAGCGCAAAAAUUGAAAAGAACUCAUAAGUUAGCUGCCAGAAGUUGUAGAAAAGCGCACAUUAACGGUUACAUAUCACCGUCAAUUACAGCGAACCAGACUACGGAUACUGAUUUAGCUUCAAGCUUGAACUAUACAAAUUCACGAAAGAAAUAUUCAACGAAACCAAUCAAGAUUGGUCGAUGUACAUCAACAUGUGGCAAUUCAUGGUGGUUUCCUAAAAUGGAGCAUUUAAUAAAUGAAGUUCGAAAAAAUAAUCGGUGGUGGAAUGAAAAUUUUAAGAAUGGAACGGAAUCUGAUACUUCAUUGGAAGACAAUCGUGAUUACGGUUAUCAAUCCUCUUCCACGAGCAAAUGAAGGAAAUUUAUAGGAGAUUUAUUUUGAUAAAGAUUGAAGAAACGGUGUGAUUAAUUUGACGUUUGAAUACAGAAUGCAGAAAUUUAUAAUGCGA